AUGGAGUGGAGGGAACUGAACAUCACACAGAAGCAAGACUACAUCAGCGCUGUCGUCUGUCUGACCGAGAGGAAAUCGCGCUUUGAGCCAGGGAGUAGUCGCUAUGAUGACUUUGCAUACAUGCAUGUCUUCGAAGGCACUGUCACUCACUACGCUGCUUCAUUCCUACCCUGGCAUCGAUACUUUAUCCACACAUACGAGAAGGCACUGAUAGAGGAAUGUGGUUUCAAGGGAUCUUUGCCGUACUGGGAGUGGGCAUUAGACGCUCAUGACCUAGCCGCCUCUCCGAUAUUUGAUCCUAUAGAUGGAUUCGGCGGUAAUGGUACAAGCGGAAGCUCUUUAUCCGGGAUAUUCGGGGGCCAUUGUGUCACAGAAGGUCCCUUUGCGAAUGCAACCCGCCAUUGGCAGUCAAAGUCCAAUGGGCAUGGAUUCGACAUCUUGAAGAAUCCCCAUUGCCUCAGCCGAGGUUUCCAAGGGGGUGAGAAAAAGGCCCAGUUGGAGGGUCGAGUCACGAUCGACGCUAUCAAUAGCGUGCUGGGCCUCCAAUCAUACGAAGAGUUUGUUGAUGCACUCGAAGUUCAAGCUCACAACUCGAUACCCCAGUUUGUCCGAGGGGACUUUUACGGGUUGACGGCACCAAAUGAUCCCGUGUUCUAUCUACAUCACGCCCAGGUGGAUCGAUUAUGGUGGCUGUGGCAGCAGCAGGAUAUUCAAGGCAAGGCCAAGACCUAUCAAGGUCCUAAGCAGAAUACUAGGGUACAUGCCAACGAGUCCUUGUCGGGAUCCGGUUUGGACGAUAUUAUCUCACUGGGUAACCUGUCAGAGCCAGUUCGGGUAUAUGAGGUAAUGGCAACGGAGUCGGGGGUUCUUUGUUACCGCUAUUGA